UGCACAGCCAAACUGCAUUCUCCCUUUCCAUCUAGGGAUUCUCCCUCACACACAGGAAUCCGAACCUGUACGCAAUGUCCGACGAACAGCAAUAUUCAUCAGGUCCAGAAACAGGCAGAGACAAGCGGAAAUACGAGGACCAACCGCCUCCGUCCUCCGGGGGGCGGAGGCCUACAGGAUUCUCAUCUCUUCCUGAUUUGGCCCCUCGCUCUUACACUAGCGUUCCGCCGCCUCUUGAGGGCAUCGAGAUUGCCAAACAGCGUGCUCAGGAGAUCGCUGCGCGCCUCACUGCUGCAUCUGCAGGUCCUGACGCCAAGCGCCCUCGCGUUGAGGAUGGCUCUGGUGGUUUUGAUAACGAAAGAGGCUUUAGUUCCGCUCCACCUGAAAUGAAACCAAUGUCAAACUUGGCCCCCUCAGCAAUGCCUGUAUCAUAUGGUAAUUACCAUGGCACAAGCAAAAAGAUUGACAUUCCACAAAUAAGGGUUGGUGUUCUCAUUGGCAAAGCUGGAGAGACUAUUAAAUAUCUUCAACUGCAAUCUGGGGCAAAGAUUCAGGUCCAACGAGAUAUGGAUGCAGACCCUAAUUCUGUAACCAGGCCUGUAGAGCUGAUAGGUACCCCAGAACAAAUCGCCAAGGCAGAGCGGUUGAUAAAUGAUGUUCUUGCUGAGGCUGAAGUUGGUGGUGGUUCUGGUAUUGUUUCUAGAAGGUUGACAGGACAGGCUGGAAGUGAACAUUUUGAAAUGAAGAUUCCAAAUAACAAGGUUGGCCUGGUAAUUGGUAAAGGCGGCGAAAUGAUUAAAAGUAUGCAAGCCAGGACUGGAGCUCGUGUACAGGUUAUACCUCUGCAUCUGCCCCCAGGUGGUACAUCAACAGAACGGUCAUUACAUAUAGAUGGGACAAGUGAACAGAUUAAAAAUGCUAGAGUUUUGGUUGAGGAGGUCAUUAGUGAGAAUCGUGUUAGAAAUUCAGCAAUGACUGGAGGUUAUCCUCAACAAGGUUAUCAGGCACGACCACAUACAAGUUGGGGCCCCCCAGGAGCUCAUCCAGUGCAGCAGCCUGGUUAUGGUUAUAUGCAACCUGGAGCAUAUCCUGCCCCAUUUCUGCAGUAUUCUCAGCUACCUUAUGCAGGCUAUCCUCCUCAAUCCAUAUCUGGUGGAUAUCCCUCCAAUUGGGAUCAGUCAGCUGUACCACCAAACCAGCAGACUACCACUGGAAGUGGUUAUGAUUACUACAACCAGCAGCCUUCUUCACAGCAGCAGCAGCAGCAAACUCCUGGCAGUUCUGCAGCUCCUGCAGAUAAUUCUGGCUACAAUUACAAUCAACCACAAGGUUCUAGCUAUGUUCAUCUGGGACAGGGUUAUCCUCAGGAUGGCUAUGGUGGUUAUCAUGCACCUCCACAAUCAGGUUAUGGGCAGCCACCAGCGUAUGAUCAGCAGCAGCAAGGUUAUGGUUCUGCAGCAGGCUAUAGUAAUAUAACGAACCCCAAUCAAGAGGGGCACACUCCUUCCUAUAGUGCCCAAGAAGAUUCUGCUCAGGCACCUCAGCCUGUUCAGCCAUCUGCAAUGGGUCAGCAAGGCUCAAAUCCUGGAAGUUAUACCACUCAGCCAGUGUAUGGAAUGCCUCCACCUUCCCAAAUUGACCAUGGUAGUCAGCCACCGGCACAGUCUGGAUAUGGAUCCAACUAUGGACCUCCACAAGGACAGAAACCUCCCCCAGUUUAUGGACAGAGCCAGCAGUCACCAAGCACCCCAGGAAGCUAUGGCCAGCCUGCUCCAGUGCAGCCAGGAUAUCCCAAUUCACAGCCUCCACCAUCUGGGUAUGGUCAACCAGAUUCAGGUCCACAACGAGCUCCACCAUCCAUUUAUGGUGCUGCAUCAGCUCAGCCAGGUUAUGGACCCCCAUCUUAUGGUGCACCACCAACCAGCCAGCCUGGUUAUGGAGCACCAUACAAUCCUUAUGGUGGCAAUUACACACAAACUCCUGCUUAUUCUGCAGAUGGCAGCACAGGUGGUGGAAGUCGUGGGCCUUAUGAAGCAGCACCAGCCUCUCAGGGUGCUCAACAGUCUGGGGUUGCCAAAGAAUCUCCAAAAAGUUGAUGUCUUGCGGUGACUUGGUUCUUUAGACAUUUUAAUUUGGUGGCCUCUUGUUUAGUGUAUUAUCCCGUUAGGUAUCAAGUUCUCCUUUGGUUUAAGACUACAGGUACCAUGUAUCAUAUUCGUUAGUAUUUUGGGGCAGUGUCUCAGACGGUUGAUUUUAUAUCUUAUAUAUGUUUGACAUAUAUGGCUUCUGAUUUGUGAUGACAUUAUUUUUUGAAAUGCAUUCUUGGUGGUUGGUGCAGUAUUCCUGGGCGCUAUGAAGCUUUCUGGAAGGAGCUUGAUCAUGUCAAGAAUAUAUGGAAGAAGAGGCAGGAAUUGCAGGUUGAGAAUGCUGACAUCACUGUUCUAUUUGGGCUGGAAUGCUUUGCCUGGUUCUGUGCUGGUGAGAUCAUUGGUCGAGAAUUUACAUUUGCUGGUUACUAUGUUUAAGUUACCAUGAAGAAAAACUUCUGGAGUUCAACCAAUCAAAGCUUUUAUGCUUCUUUUUUACCCAUGAUCAUCAUAAUAUACAGUCUUUAUGUUCUGCAGGAAAAUCUGGAAUGGUUUAGGAAUAAGUCGUUUAUAUCUGU